UGUGUGUAUGAGGUGAGGUAUGCCAGCAAAACUUUUAAAUAACGAAUUGGAAGAAGUAAAAACUUGCCUAUUACAAAAUUUGAUUACAGUAAAAACUUCAGUUUAAAACAAAAAUUGGGUUCAUUUACUUAUUGAAUUUACAUAUAAAUGAUUCGCAGAGCACCAGUUGGCUUAUGUAUAGUCGGCCCUGACAUACUUAUGUCUGACAUGUGAAGGUAUCCCGCACAUCACUCACAGCCACUUUCGGUCUACUUAUCUAGCAACACUCUUCCCAUGGACCCACAUCGGCGAAUCAGAUUGACCAUGUGGAUCGAUGACUUUAUUGAGCUUUGUACCAGUUUACAAUCACUAAUGAUUACAAUUAAAUAAAAUAUACGGUGGCAUCUCUUCAAAGUUAUUUUUUGUACGUACUAUACCUGUUCUUAAUUCGUAAUAUAAAUAUCGUUUAAAUUGAAUGUGCAAUUAAGUACAACGGUUUGACAGCUGAAGCGGAAAUGUUCAUCGAGGAGAUAGAAAUCUACAAUAUACUUGCCUGUGCGCAUGUGAAGUUGCAAUUUAAACAAAACCACAGUGCAGUUUAUAUUGUUCAAGGGGGGAACAAUUGUCCAAUUCGAUGUGCGGUUAGCACUGCACUUAAAUUUAUUUGUAGCGGGCAAUAUGCAAGUAUUGAAUCACUAGCUCACUUCAAAAAUCUUCACGAAGGGUAUGCUCGAGUAAUUCUACUCUUUCCGAAAGGAGUUGCUGACGAAACAAUUUCAGUGAGUGCAGAAACAAGGGCCAAUAAUGAUUUCGAAAGUGAUAGCGACAGUGAUGCGCCGUGCACAUCAGGGGAGGCGCUACUUCGAGAACAACGACGAAAGCAUAAUCAAAAGACAAAAAAAGCGAAAGAAGAAAGACAUCAACAAGUAUUCCAUAGAGUUGACGCAUUGCGUGACUUCCGCAAUAGUCCAGAGAUGAUCGAAUAUUCCAUUGAUGAUGGUGUGAAGGAAAAGUGCAGCAUAUAUGCAUUCCAGGGAAAAUUUCGCACAAAUAUUGACUAUAUAUUGCAACAAACUCAGGUAUCUCGAAAAGCAUUCACCGGUAACUGGUUGCAGUUUUUUACUACAAAAUUGAAUGGUUGCAUGAAUCGAGAGAAGGAAAUAGCAAAAUUAUUUGGACAGUUUGUACAACUAUUUUUAAAAAAUUACUACAAGGAAUAUGAUCUACUUUCCAAAUUGACAACCUGUUGCAUUAUUGGACAGACAGCUUUGGACGUUAUAUUGGCGACGGAUGCUUUAAAGAUCUUCAGUGAUGUACGCAUUACUUUUGAGUUUAUUACGUGCAUGGAGUACACAGUAUGGUUUUUAAUCCCAUACAAAGGACGUUAUGUAUCUGUGCAAGAAGUGAGUCUGGAAAACUUUAAAUUCGAAAAUAUCUCCACAUGCAUAAAACUAAAACUUAGCGAAAAUCAAAGCAGAGAGUAUGUAUGGUCAGAUGCCCAAAAUGCAGUCCAGGACCUAUUAUUUAUUGCAUUCCAACUGGUGAUAUGUUUUCACCACAAAAGGGGUAUUGUGUACUUGCAAGAUGAAUUAAAUACGAUAAAGGAAUAUCAAACUAUGCAACUAGUAAUUGCGGCUUAUUUGCAAAAUGAUGGCACCAACAGAAACUUUUUGCCCUCCAAAAAUUAUUUACAACGAAUCCUAGAGGCCUGCAAUAAAAUGAAAAUUACUGCAAUCAUUGACUACCCAGGUGGCUUACCAGUAACACCGAUAAGUGGAAAUUUAAUAAAAUGUAUCAAGGACGAGUACAGUGGCGAAUGGGAAUUAAAAGUGGUAGAUAACUGUAAUUCUUGUCAGGCUGCCGAAGUGAUCAGUGUGCUGGAAGAAGGUCUAAAACUGAUUAGCAGCGAUAAAUAACCAAAUCGUCAGAAUAGCAAAGCAGGCGACAUUUUGUAUUUGUUGGUUAGUUAUAAUAAUGCAAUACAUGAGUAAAAUAUUUUUAAAUUAAUAUUUCCCCAAUCCUGAUUUUUUUUUUAUCAUUCCUUAAUAUAUA